UCCAUGUUUGUAGAAAAUACAUUUCUGUUUGGUUAGCUGCUGAAUAUUUGGGGUAUUUUAACCCAGAAUUAACAUAGGAAGAUGGGAACACAUAUACUGAAUAUAUGCUUGCUUAUAUCCUUAGCAUGCGGUGUUUAUGGACAACCAAGCCUUACCAUUAGACCUCCAUAUCAAACAUUGUACCUGAUUGCUCCAGCGAAGCUCAACUUGAGCUGUGAGUAUCACUACACGACCCGAGACAACAAGUCCGUCGUGUGGAAGAAGGACAAUGUGGUCCUGUCGGAGGACCUUGAUUUCAAGGUGUUCACGACGGCGAAGACGAGCGAUGAUAACCCCUCUCAGUCCGUGGAGGUGACGUUCUGCCAGAAAGAGGUGACGUCGUUUGCCGACGGAGGACAAUAUUUCUGUUCCAGACACGGUGUCGCCACCAAGUCCAUUUUUGUGGAGAUUAUUAAUGUGACGACCCACAAGUACAUCUACAUAAAGCGGGACCCAACUGGCAGCCUGCAGUGCACGCCGUCCGUGAAGGAAGGCAGGAAGCUGGAGGACAUCAAGUUCUCCCUUGACUGGCAGCGCUACCACAAGAACGGCAUCAAGCCCGUCGGUCAGAUCGACGGACUCAAGGACCGGGUGGUUAUACGCAAGCACAACUAUACGUUGGAGAUUCAGAAACCAAUAAGGACAGAUUCAGGGGAAUACACAUGUGCCUUUACCUUUGGCACUACCCCUGAUGCCCAGCAGACCCGUUCAGUUACUGUCCCUUUCUAUGCUGCCCCAUUUGUGAACCGGUUCGACAAGUCAAAGAAUUUGAUCGAGGAAGAUCCGUUGACACUGCACUGCACUGUGGUUGGUCACCCCACCCCAACAAUACAGUGGCAGAAGGACGGUGUGCCCAUCUCGAGCCUGAACCAGACAAACAUCGUGAUCCAGGACAACAAGGAGACCGGGCUGAAGAAUGGAACUCUCUACAUCAACAAGGUCAGGUUCGAGGACAAGGGGGUGUACGCCUGUUUUGCUUUCACCCAGAUGUUCAACGCGUCCGCCAACAGUACCAUCCAUGUCAGAGUCAAAGACAAACUAGCGGCAGUGUGGCCGUUCCUGGCCAUAGUGGCGGAGGUGGUCAUCCUGUGUAUCAUCAUCUUCAUCUACGAGAAGAGACACACCAAGGCCCAGCAAGAUGAUGAUGCUGCCUGCCAGGCAACCAGUACGAAUGCGUCGGACACUAAAGGGAAGGAAGUAAGACAGCGUAACGUGCGUGCUUGAUAGGUGACCCCACCCAACACUCUACUGCCAGACUUGACUUCACUGCUCCCUCCUCACUGUAUUCCAGGUGUGGACCAGUCGAUCAAUUAUCUCCCAAUGAAUCCAGUUUUCUGACUGGUCUAUAAAUUAUCUUCCCUGUAAUCGGUAAUGGAUCAGUGUAUGAAUGAUCUCCCCUGUUUCCUGUUUCAUACAGACUUGUUUGAGUUUUUUUCCUCACUGUAAAACCUUUUGUUAAGUACAUCUCUGAUGUAUAUGUGGAAAAUAUUUUUAAACAGUUUUUUUGUGUGUGUUAUUUGUGGAAUAGAUGGAUGAUCCAAAUGAAUAUUGCACUCGUUACCAAGACUUAUUUUAAUUCCCAUUUGAUUUGUUGAUAAUAUUUUUAGAAAAUACAUUAUGACAAAAAAUAUGAUCACGUUGAGGAUUUUUUUUUGAAAUAAAUGGUGUGAUUGACCGAAUUUUAAAGAUGGAGGAACACUUUCUUGGUUGUAGUUUUGGGAUUUUUUGUAAUAUUUCAGUUUUGUUUGUUUAGACGAAAAACAGGAAGCCUUUUCUCUGAACAGGUCAUUGUUUAGCAUGUAAACUUACAACAUUCACACCAUUGAUUAAUGCUGGUCGGGUGUGUGUGCAGGACUUUUAAGCAGAGGGGUCUAGACUGACAAGAGAAAGGGGUCGAGUCAUGCUCCUCCCUGAAAAUAUAUUGGGGAAUUUUUUUUUGCUUGAGCAAGGAGGGGGUUCGACCCCCAAAACCCUCCCCCUGCACACGUGCCUGCUGGUGGAAUCAAAGGAAUAGACCUUCCUGGCAACCAAGAUUUUGUGUUUGUCAUUCUUCAAGAACUUGAUCAGGGUUUCCGGCAGAAAAAAAUCAGGGUUUCCCCCCAAAAAAUGAUGGGGAGAUCGACCGGCGGAGGGGGGCGAAGCCCCUGACUGCGCGUCGCGAGCUGGGGGUCUUAGGGCAAAACAGCUAGACAAUUAACAUAUUCUCUCUACCUAGCAUUUUGUUAGAAAUGUUAUGCUAAGAGCUAAAAAUUACCUUAAAAACCCCCACUGCUCUACAUAUUGAUGAGUGGGAUAUCCCCCCCCAUGUAAAAAUCAUGAGGGGGGUAAACCCCCACCCCCCACCCCCCCUCUGUAUGAAACCCUGUUGAUCAUCUUAUAGUCAUUAAGACACAUUUAACAUAUCCCUUUACACAUUAGGCAAAGUGCAAGUUCAAACUUCACAAAUGUGUCAAAUAUUCACUUGUUUCUUUAGGCUGUCGUGUAUUCUGUGUUGUUUACUUGAUAUCUACAAGUACUUGUAUAUGUAGUUGGAUUUUCAGAGCAGAGCAGAAUUAAUGGGGACGCUGUUAUUCAUUUUAUUUUUAUGAUACACAUGGAGUGUUGCUGAUGGAGACUGAGAGACAAGUUGUUGUGAAUGUGUGAGAGAUCAUUAUGUACAGGUGUGUGCAUGCAUGAUUCAUCUGUGAUGCUGAUUUCCCCCGUUUUCAAAUGUGAUACCCAUUUUAACAUUUAACCAGAAUUCUCUCCCUUUUGUUCAGUGUGUCGCUGUUUAAGCACAAGAUUAUCUCCCUAAGACGGAAGUCUCUGAUGAGGUCGGAGUUUUUUUGUCACGGAGAGCUAUGCUUUGAACCUUCAGUGUAUGCAAGCAAGCGUUAAGAGGAUUAGGUUAGAUUCAUAAAAUACGCUCAAUUAAUGCAUUUUAGAGAUUGCACAGCUCUGUACUGUAAUGUUUUCAUCAGUUGUAAUUAAUAAAAAUACUGUGUAAUAAUUAAAUUAUAAAUUGUAGCCUAUUUCAGAUGGUUUGGCCCUAAUUGGUCAUGAAUUCUUUGUUAUGUUAAAUCCUGAGGUUUGCAGUUUGUAAUUUAGCUAUGACCUCAGUUUUUAUAAUAUUCAUGCACUCCGUUUGGUAUAGUGUAUAAUGUUACGUAGUUAAGAGCACUGUAUGUGUUGUGUUUAGUUACCUUGGUAUGCAGUUAACCAGAUAUUGUGUUAGCUGAUGGUGUUAAAACUUGUGUAUAAUAUACAGACUUUGUUUUUGAAAAACCUAAGAGCAUGAUAGAUCACACUGUUUCAAAUGACAAGAAGAUAAGUCACACUCUUCCAAAUACUUGGGGACGAAUUCACAAAUCCUGUUUUUCUUAAACGCAGGUUUUUAAGCAUAGUAAAUGUAUGUAGUUAUAUGCGUGUAACACCUAAACAGACCUUGUAAAUUUGGCCCCUGGUAUACUAUUGCACCCAUCAAAUCGAAGUUAGAGGCAUUCACCCCUCAAAAACAAUAGUCUGAAUUUAGUUACAUCUAUAAGAUACUUGCUUGCAUUGUUUCGAUUGGUAGACAUAGCCCUUACGUUUGAAUAAUGAUACCUUGGGGCAACUGAAACCAGAUUUGCAUCUUUUAACAGGAUAAGAAUAUUUUUCUAGUACAUUCAUAAAAUUGGCUAGUUGCACAUGAAUUUACUUGUAAUUUUAUUUAUACAAAUAUACUUAAAACAAAUAUAAAUACAAAUUGGAGGGACAAGUUUACAAUGUGACUGGGUUUGUGGGAUUUUUUUGACUGAAAAGCACCUUAGCUGGAAUAAUAAACAAACCGUAAGUACCAAAAAAUUUAUUUUAUUUUAUUUCGAAAUGCAUCAUACAUAAAUUUGCUUUGAGCAUCUUGUUGUCAUCCGUUGUGUGUGGAGUAGAAUGGUACUGCUUUGUGUUAAUGUUCCAGCACAAUAACCUAAAUUCUACCUCAUAACCCACUUAACCAUAGUCCACACACACAUGCAUGCUAAUUUGGAGGUAUCAUUACGGUUGCUGCAGCAAGCAACUAUAACUGUUUGGAUUGAGGCGUUUUCAAUCGUUAAUGUUUGUAUAGAGUAACCUAAGAUGAGAUAAAUAACCAUUUAAAAAAGUGACAAAUGAUUUGUUUAUUAUUAGUUUGGUUUCGUGUAUUGUGCAAUGCCGAAAUAAGCAUUUUCCAUCAUUAAGAAAAGUAUAAUUCUAAACACCAGUUUGUAGCUUUAGUUUCACUUCUAUAUGUUGCAAUACUCGAGAGCAUAACAUUUGAAACUGAUUAUUAUUUAAUUUUUAUUUUUCUGUGCUAAUAAAUAAGAUAUGUGUUGUAUAUAUGGUAUUCAGAUAUGGUUUUGUUGAUUCCUUAUUUUAUGUAUUCAAGAAAAGAUUACAUGGGGAUGGACUCAUUAUUACUAAUAAUAAUAUUGUGCAGUGAACAUUCAGACCUAUUUUAUGGGUUCUAUGUUUGGUUAGUUCUGCUGGUGGUGGGUAUUAAAAGAAAAUCCCUCCUCCCAGAUCCACCCCAUGUAAUCUUUUCUGAAACAGUUAUAAGCCAUUUUUACAUAUAGGUCAGUUGAUAGUGAUUCGUGUGCGAGUGUAGCUUAUUUACGCUGAAUAUCUUAGUCUGCUUAGGGACAAGUAAUCGGUACUUUUGAUACAGUUAUUACAGUAUUUCAUAUUGUCUACAUCUUAAAUGGUUUUCACUUCUUCUUUUUUUUCUUUUUCUUUUUCUUUUGGGUCUCAUGUUUGUUCUUUAUAGUUGUAAUGUUGAUCAGGAAUAUAAUACAUUGUGUGAAUUGCAUUUUGUUUCCUAAUUAAAUAUUUUAUUGAAAUGAGGGAAAAAAAUGUUGACAAGUAAAUAUAUUUUGUGUAGGCAUUACAAUUGAUGUAUUUCAUGAUUAAUGUACAUGUAUGCAAUGUGGUUUCUGUUUUAGAUUAUUAUUAUACAUUGGGGGGUUUUUCACUUCCGAUUCUUUUUCUUUUUUUUUGCUUUUUGCUUUUAGAUUACACAGAAGUAUUGUUUCAUUCUAAGUUUAUUCUAUGUAUGGUAAUAAAAUGAAUAGCUAAUGUUAUUUAAAGAUUGACAGUACCAGUACAUUUAAGAAAUUGUAUUUUACAAAUUCAGAACUAGCUCUGGGUGAGCUACAUUUUGCCUAAUUAUCUUUUUAAAAAAGAAAGAAAAAAAGAAGCAGAACCAUAGUUAUUAUUCAACAAAAUGCCAAUUAUUACAUGAAAUGAGUUUGCCAAAUUGAAAUAAAAUUCAUCAGUUGUUCCUAAAAUUCACAAUUGUUGAAUUUCGCGAGUGCCAGAGCCAGCCCUUCUAUUUAAAAUGUGCAUUAACCCAGUGAAUGGAUGGCAAUAUUAUUACAUUGGUAAUUACCCAAAAAAAAUUUUUAACAGAAAAUAAGGAAUUUGGAGAACAAAAGGGCAUAUAGGGGUUGUUUUUUUUUUUUUUAAAGAGAAUGUUUUGAAGUCUUUAGAAGAUAUUUGUCCACCAUCAUAGAUUUAUUAUGCAGAGAGUGAAACAUAUCAUUGUUUAUUUUUUGAUAAUAAAUACACUCCUAAAGUAAACAAUACUGGGGAUGCUGUAAAUAGUACAUUUGUUAAAUAAAUUAUUCCUGCUUUCUUAUGGCAGUCUUAGGAGUUCACAUAGUUGAUCCAGGUUUGUCUGGCAUAGUGGGUUGUGGGUGAGUGAGAUUCACCUUCAGAUGUUGAUCAGCAGUGGUGGAAGGUCUUGAUACCAGUGUAUUGGUUGAAUGGGAUACUGUGUUUAAUUCUUGGCAUUCAGUAGAGCAUCGGCACAAGUUGUUGAUACAAGUGUAUUGGUUGAAUGGAAUAAAUAUUUAAUUCUUGGCAUUCAAAAGAGCAUUGGUACAAGUUGUUGAUACCAGUGUAUUGGUUGAAUGAGAUAAUGUGGUAAACUCUUGGCUCUCGCGUCCAUGCUGGUUCAAAUUGUUGAUACCAGUGUAAUGUUUUAAUGACAUACUGUGGUUGAUUCUGGGCUUUCACAUCCAUGAUGCUACAAAUGGUUGAUACCAGUGUAUUGGUUGCAUGAGCAACUGGGGUUGAUUCUUAGCUUUCAUAUCCAUGGUACAAAUGGUUGAUACCAGUGUAUUGGUUGCAUGACAUACUGUGGUUGAUUAUUUGCUUUCACAUCCAUGGUAGUUCAAAUGGUUGAUACCAGUGUAUUGGUUGCAUGAGCAACUGUGGUUAAUUCUUAACUUUCACAUUCACUGUGGUUCAAGUUGAUGAUACCAAUGUAUAAUAAAACUAUUGUUUAAAUAAUGAUACUGUGGUUGAUUAUUGGCUUUCAGAGGAAGCAUUUAUCCUCUUAAAAAUGUUUCAGCUAAUUUAAACAAGGUUCUUCUUUCUCCCCCACACACCUCAACCCUCCAAAUUUCAGUCUUGACCAACCAGUUUGGGGGUUUUUUGGAAUGUUUUUUCCCCCCUCAGUAUUUCAUAGCCAGUCUUGAGUUAUUCUAGCAUGUGCUUUUUAAAUCCGUUCUUGGAUAGCAUGCUGCCUAAAGGCCCGUGGUGGACAAUUGUUUGCUUCAUCAGUGUCCCACCAUCAUUUUGACCAGGCAUCUAAAUUCUCACGUAGGCUUACUGAUGGGUAGUCACUAGUGGGUAGAUAUUGUUCUGUUAUUUCUUGGGCCGGUUUGGCCAGAAACUAAACCAAAUGUGUGUACUCCCAGAAAGAGUGUACUCCGGUAGCAUGCUGCUAGUGGGUUAUUGGUGGACCAUCAUUGGUUUCAUCCUUGAUGCACCAUCAUUUGUUACACGUUUAAAAUCCAUUCUCAGAUAACCUGAUGAACAAUCGUGACUUCCUAAUUAUGGCUAUCCAGCCCAUGAUGGUUUACUGGUGGUCACUCAUUGGUCUUUGGUAUCAGCAGUCUGUUGCUCAUUAACUGAUGUUGGUGUGUCUGGUAUUCACCACUGGGCCAGUGUAUUGAUACUAUCUGGUUUGGUGAACAGAGUAACAAAAUGGCUUUUCCACCGAUGUUGUGUGUGAUCAUUUCAUUUUAUUCAAUCAUCCUUUACGUGUGAACUCAUUUGUGAGAUAACAGUUGAUUUUUAACAAGAAUUUGAAAACCUAGGAAAUAACAUGAUGGUUUGUGCUUAUAAAUGUUUCAUUUUAAAAAGAACGAAUGUUUAAAAGACCCUGCAGCAAAUUAUUUAAAUUGAGGUUAAUUUUUACGUCGAGACUGAUUCAAAUUAUGUUUCAAUUGGGCAAUCCAUUGCUCACUUUGUAAUGUUUGCUAAUUUUCUUACGGCCCUCCAAUGUCUAAAACAUUUAGUGUCGUAACAAGAAAUAAUAAAGCAAGAUGAUGAAAAGUCAAAUUCAGAAACACUAGCCAUUUUCUUUGAAUGUUCAUUGUCUUUUACUGCAAUAAUUUAUAAGCACAGACCGAGAGUAAAUCUGGUAAUACUGGUAAUGAUUAGAUGAUGAUGAUAUGUACUGUACUGUGGACAAUGGCCUACAAAAGAUGCAUGCUGUUUUAACUUACUAUACUGUAUAUAUCGAUUGUUUUGUUACUUUUUAAAAACAACUUUUUGCAUGUCGGUGUCGCCUAAUGCAUUUAAAAAAAAUAAAAAAUCAUGAAAUGUGUGUAGCAGAAAUGAAUAACAAAUAAAUGUGCAUUUGUUUCUAGAAUUCUGUAUUCAGAAAAAGAAACUGGUUACUGGAACUGCCGAGAUAGAAAAGGGUGAAGACGAAACACUUAAUACACCUGUAGUGAUGGCAGCUAACAUAUUCAGUGUCUCUUCACAAAGAUAGUCGAAGCAUCCUGAAUUUAUUACUCUCAUAUAUAUAUCACAUUAUUUUGUGAAGAAAAUCAUCCUGUAUUUUAAGUUUCAAAGAGACGUAUGGAUACCCUACCACUCAGAAUGUCCAGUAUGCAGUUGUCUGAUUUUUCAUAUUUAAAACAAUAUAUAUAUAUAUAUAUAUAUAUUGUACUUAUUUGUGGAAGAUUCAAGCAACUUGCAUGUGCAUGCCCCAGCUAACUAAAUUGAUUGUCCAGGAUAAAGGUUUAUUGUUGGUUAAAGUGAAAUCGGUUUAGUAACGUUUUCAUCUUCCUACCGAGUGGUUAAAACAUGUUCCAGGUGGGAGUCCGUCUCUUCUACUGGAUUUGAUGAUGUAGUUGUUAAGUAAUCGGACUUAAGGCUGGUAGGUACUGGGUUCGUGUCCCAGGACCGACUCCUAUACCUUUAACAGUUUAAUGGAUAGAUGCAUUGCCACUGCAUCGACUUCUCUCACUGAUCACCAACAUAUAGUCCAGAUAGCUGGAGUGUGUGGAUGUAAGUAGGCACAGAAAUAAGUUGAAAUGAAAGUCUGUAUGGAGAUACAAAUCAAGUCUUAUGAACCUACCAGCCUAAAGUCCGAUGACUUGACCACUACAGUACAGACACUACAGCACUGAGGCAGGUCUUCAGUGUGGUUACAAUGGGUCAACUUUCAGGUGGUACAAGUCAUCUUCAGUUACUUGCCCUUGUAGAAGACUUGCACAUGUCUUUGUUAGGUGUUUCUUGUGUUAGUCGUUUUUAACUCUUAUUGCUGUAUAUAUAUAUAUUAUGAUUAUUGUGUAUAAGUGCUUUCAAACUGGUAUUUUUCAGCGAUUUUUUUUUUUUUUUUUUAAUAUAUAUAAGAAAACUGAUUACCUGCUUGUUUUUUUAUGUGAUAGUUGUUGUUUGACGUUAGUUAUCUACUUGUGUUAUUGGACUGAUUUUAGACGUUUUACCCUUUCUCUCUCGGAGUUCUUCUGUGACCGUGUCACAGCUAUGGUGUAGAAUAAUCUCUCUGUGAAAUAGAUUUUACUUUGUAUCUGGCUGUACGUACUUGUAGUAGCUGUUAUUGAGUCGAUUUUCAAAUUAUAUAUUAUGUACAGAUUCCAUGAUGGUUCAAAGUUGAAACAAGAUGAUGCAUUUUUCGUAAAAUCAAAUCGUUUAUUUUAUUUUUUUCUUCCCAACAUUUACUGGAUAGUUGUUUUGUCCAUAUUCCCAACUGUCUUUUUUAACCCAGUGCUUGUCACCAUGCUUUUGUAACAAAACGCACAUAUAUCUUAUAUAAUAUGUAAUGUAUAGACAAACCAAUACAUAUACAGUGAAACUGGUCUAAACCAGCCAAAUUUCAUGAUCCCAAAUGUUCUCAAUUCUAAAACAAGACCCUCUGAACACCAGAUUCUGUCUAAAUCAGAUAUUAGGUGCCCCACCCCCCACACCCUGACCAUGAUCCGGUUUAGACAGGUUUCACUGUUGUAAUAUAAAACAUUAGUUAAAAUCUAGUUAUAGAAAUGUUAUAUAACACUGUCCACUCAUCCUAGUUAGAGUUGUUUGUUUUUGUUUUUUAAUAGUUACUAGAUAGUUACUUUUGUCUAUAAUACAAACUGUCUUUUAACUAUUUCCUGCUGUAACCUGAGACCACCCAAUACCCUUGCUGUUGGCAAAAUUAGUUCAAAUAUUUUACAGGGCUCACACGUAAAAAGAUUUUGGUUCAGCCAAUUUUCACAUAUGGAAAGUAUUUUCUUAAAAAAUAAAUCGGAAGGGCUAAUUAAAAAAAAAAAAAUUAUUAGCCAAUUAUUAAAUGUUGUAGCCACUUUGUAUGAAAAUGAGCAAUUGGCUAAUUUGGCACAGGUACGGGUGAGCCCUUAUUUUUGGGAGAUUUCAAGACUAAUAUGACGGUGGCCAAAUACAUACUUAAAUUUGGAUUGAAAUAAGGGGUUUGCUUUAUGGAUUGAAAUAAGGGGCUUCCAUUGGGAUGCAGUUGCUGCUUGCAGUGGAUCAGAAAAGACAUAGCAAUAGGCAGCAUUGACUGUUAUACAGCAGGUAGAAAGUUACGCCUAAGGUAUUCCACCCCUAUUUGCCAGACCCAGACGCAUAUAGUUUAUACAGAUGGAUGGAAAUCUGAAGUACGGUCCAACCUGUGUCAAGCAGCCAUCAAAAGGAGUAUCAAACACUGGCUUUUUAAGACAGGUGGCUGCUUAAUACAGGUCAGUUUGUACUAUACUAGACGAGCUGGGAGAAAAUAUUUUAAUGUGGCAUCUUAAAGCAGAUGGAUGCUUAAUACAUGUGGCCGCUAGAACAGAUUUCACUGUAUAAAGCUGUUCAGUUUUCAGCAUGGCAGAGUAGUGAGCAGAAAUGCAUGGGCUCAGAAGCAUUGAAUAAUGCAGUUAAAAAGAUUGAUACAUGUUGUGAACAGUGUCGAAUCUACCCUAAAAUAAGGGAAAGCUGGUAAAAAUAUGUAUAUUAUAUAAGAAUCGGGACACAGUGAUUUAUAUAGUCUUUUUCAGCUAAAAAAAUAAUGGCACUAAAAAGGGGCAGUUUUAAUGUUUUUGUAACCUCUGGCUCCUCCCUGCCCACUACCGGUAGAUUGGGCCGUGGUGACCAUGUUACAGGAUGUUCUAGUGAUCAGGUUUCUCAUUUAGUUAGUUAGUUAGUUGGUGGUCUUCUCAUGUCUGUACAGAUCGGGCAUCUUCACAAAGUCCUCUUUCCUUACAUAUAUUAUUAUUUGUAUGUAUUGUGCACUAUGUACAUUUGAUUUAAUAAAAAUGGUGAUUCACA